CACCAAUACUCCCCCAGGCUGCCACUACAGCACAGUUCGGGACCGGAAAGGCAAUAGCUGAGUCCCUUUUCCAUCACCUGCAUUGCUCAAACACAAAGAAUGGUUGCCUAGAGAGCAAGAGAAAUCAUUGUUGACAUGUAGAAGUAUUUGUACUAGCCUCCUCAUGGCCUGGUCCAGAUACGAGUCUAGCAUCAUCUGUCCCUCUCCCGCUCAUGCCGGGCUGAACGUCCAAUAACAUCAACCAUGGUCUCACACAUCCAUGCCGCAGUCGUUAUAUACCGCAUCGCCUGCAUUCUUGGGGACGGCAUCGGCCCCGAGGUCAUAGAAGCUGGUGUCCGUGUGCUCAACACACUAUCCUCUACCCUUGGAACCUUUGAAUUCCACUUUACUACUUUUGACUGGGGCGCCACACGUCUGCUCAACGAGGGCGAAUGUAUGCCCUCGAACGGUCCCGACGAGCUUAAGGACUACGAUGCCAUCUACUUUGGCGCUGUAGGCCGGCACGGCGUCCCAGAUGAGCUCUUGCUGACUUCUUUGAUCCUGCCCAUACUCAAGUCGCUAGAUCAUCAUGUCAACGUGCGGCCUAAGCGGAUUUUCCCAGACACCACCUCUCCACUGAUAGUUUGCACACCUACCGACCUUGACUGGAUCAUCAUCUGUGAGAACAGCGAGGGCAACUUCUCGGGCCAGGGUGGUGUCCUUCAUCAAGAUGCUCCACACGCAGUAGCUACCGAAGUGAGCAUCUUCACCAGAGCCGGCACCGAGCGGGUCAUGAGAUAUGCAUUUGAGAUAGCCAGGUCGCGACCACGGAAGAAAUUGACCAUGGUGACCAAGAUGAAUAUCCACAAUCAUGGCAUGGCGCUCUGGGACAAAGUUUUUGACGAGGUUGCAAAACAGUAUGAGGACGUGCAGACUGACACCAUGCUCGUUGAAGCAAUGCCGACCCGCAUAACUCUGCGUCCCUCGUCCCUCGACACAAUCGUCGCUACUAAUCUGCAUGCAGAUAUCCUGUCGAAUCUUGCAGCGGCACUCAGCGGAUCAACUGGCAUAACUACUUGGUGUAAUCUUGACCCUUCGCGUAAGAACCCAGGCUUGUUUGCGCCGAAUCAUGGUUAUGCACCUGGCAACGCUAGAGCAGGCAUCGCCAACCCCAUUGGAGCGUUUUGGAGUGCUGCCGAGAUAGUGCGAUGGGUUGGUGAGGACAAGACAGCCGGUGUACUGAUCAAGGCUAUCGAAAACGUCACUGGGCGUGGUAUCAAGACCAGAGACCUUGGUGGGAGCGAUACCACCAACAGCGUGACUGUUGCUGUAUGCGCCGAAGCCGAGAAGCUCCUGAAAGCAUGAGUAACGCGAAAGAAGUAGUUCAUAAUACAUACCUAUAACCAUACACCGAAUA